AUGUACGAGUUGGAAACGUCGUAUCGCUUCCAGUUCCUUGUGAGGUUUCUAGCGGACGUGCUGGAUCUGCUGGACGUCCUCUCCAAGGUUUUCCAGCAUCGAGAGAUCGUGCGCACAACCUCUCUCCUGGAGAGCCGCUACAUCGACUGUGGCGAUGAUUUCGGCGGCGGCACCAGCGAGCUUCUGUAUCGCUUCAUCGCCAAGCACGGGCCACAAGGGUCGCCGCAGAUGGUGGUGGAAGGUGCCUCGUCGGACGGCAGCAUGAACCGCUUCCGUUUCGACCUUCACGAGCGCAAAAACAAGAACUACCUUGGACCCGGCCAUCAUGACGCCUGUGUCGCGCUCUGCACCGACAUGGCCGAGCUGCUCGUCAACAAUCUCCAGUCAAAGCUUGGUGACCUCGAUUCGCUGGCUGGAGUGCGGCUCUUCAUCACGGACAUGUGGCCACCAAACUAG